AUGAGUAAAGGCGACAACAUUCACGACACGUUUCUGGAAUGGUUUGAGAGGUCUAACCGGCCCUUCAACGAGAGGGCAGAGAAACUGAUGACUACUCUUCACGAUGUCGCUGAUAACAUGACAGAGGCCAGCAUGCUCCACCUCAUGAACUCUUUUACCCUUGAUGUUAUUGCUAAGGUUGCAUUUGGAGUGGAUUUAGACCUGCAGAAGGAUACAUCGCUUUUCCCUAACGCCAUUGAGACAUGUCUGAAAGGGAUGGUCUGCAUAGCCAGGGACAUCUUCUUUGAGUACAAGCUGAAGAACCGACCAUUCGUUAAGAAAGUGAGGGAAGCUUGCCGCCUGCUGCGCACAACUGGAGCUAAGUGGAUUAAUGACCGAAAGACUGCCAUGCAAAACGGCGACGACGUCCCCAAGGACAUCCUCACACAGAUCAUCAAAUCAGCUGGCACAGAGGAAAGCAUGACUAAAGAAGACGAAGAGUUGAUGUUGGACAAUUUUGUGACAUUUUUCAUUGCGGGCAAGAAACAACUGCUAAUCAACUGGCUUUCUGCAUCAUGGAACUCGGGACCUCCUUACAUUCUGGAGAAAGUGAAGAAGGAGGUGGAUGACGUUGUUGGGAUGAAACAGGAGAUCAGUUAUGAUGAUCUGGGGCAACUGGUCUACCUCUCAAAGGUGCUGAAAGAGACUCUGAGGAUGUACUCGACAGCUCCAAGCACAUCUCGUGAUCUACCCAAAGACAUUGUCAUUGAUGGCAUCCACGUACCUGGAGGAGUCUCAUGUAUUUUGAGCUCCUAUGCGGCUGGGAGAAUGGAGAAAUUCUUCAAGGACCCGCUGACAUUUGAUCCAGACAGAUUUCACCCAGAUGCUCCCAAGCCGUAUUAUUGCUACUACCCCUUUGCACUCGGUCCACGCUCAUGCCUAGGACAGAGCUUUGCUCAGAUGGAGGCUAAAGUGGUGAUGGCCAAGCUGCUCCAGAGGUUUGACUUCCCCCUUGUGCCGGGACAGACCUUUGAUAUACUGGACACUGGCACACUCAAGCCAAAGAGUGGAGUGGUGUGCUCUGUCAGACACAGGGACCAAAACAAGUAAAUGGUCUAACAGGGCCGUAUAACAUGAGAAGAAACAAAAAGGGUUCAUGUGGUGUGUACGGGUUUUUGGUUUACUUAGACUAGCUUACUGCCUGCAGCGUUGUACUCCUGCCUUAGCCAGAAGCAUCUUAUGCUGCAGAGUUUUAUCACUUUUCUGUAUAUAGAAGAUAUUAUCAGUGCUUGCUUUAAUGAAACAAACAUUAUUUCCAUAUGCAGGUAUGAGGAUCAAUUGCCCCUUGGGAAUUAAUAAAGUUUUCUGCAUCUGUAUUAGUUAUUACUGACCACUAAUAAACAUAUGGGACCACUUUUCCUUCUGUUAUUAGCACUUGAAUUUGCUGUAACUAGCCCUCUGUAUCUCGGUGUAACUGCUCUCCUAUACCCACUAAGCUUCUACACUUGUUUUGUGCCUUUAACACUGAUAUACAAAUGCUGAAUUAAACAAAUGCUGAAUUACAGCAUUUUUUUAGAAUUAAAUUUAUUGGUUUUGUACACAUACAGAGGGUUUUUUUCUGCUGCAGAAAGGACUUUGUUUGUUUUGCACUUCAAUAAAUUAAUGAUUAAUUUAA